AUGGCUGACAACAACACCCCACCCAUCCCCUUCUCUUAUCUUCUUCAUCCCUCAGAUUCUCCUAGUUUAAUUCUCGUCAAUGGCCUCCUCACAGGUGACAACUAUCCCAAAUGGCAAAAAGACAUGACAAGAGCCCUCAAUGCCAAGAACAAACUUGGUUUUCUUGAUGGCACCCUCACACCUCCUAAACCUACCAAACCAGAAUAUAUUCAGUGGAACCAAAUGAAGGAUAUGGUCCUUACCUGGAUCCUCAACUCCAUUAGCCCUUCGCUCGCCAAUUUCCUCGAAUACCAUACAGAUCCCCACAAUGUCUGGCUUGAUCUCUCUUCCUAUUUCUGCCAUAGAAAUAAUGCCUGCAUCUAUCCCCUAAAACGAGCCCUCUCCUCCUUGCGACACACCACAAAUUCUUUACAUGAUUAUUACAACAAAAUCAAACAGAUUUGGGAUGAACUUGGCCAUCUCCAAAACACAACUGACCUCAAAGACCUGCAAAAACAGGUUGAUGAUGAACAUGUUUUCCAAUUUCUUCUCAGGCUCAAUGAUUCCUUUGCUUCUCUUCGCAUCCAAAUCCUGGCCAUUGAUCCACUUCCCUCCAUAAGCAAAGUCUUCUCAAUCUUUUUUAGAGAAGAACAACAGAGGCUCCUCAAUCUCCAACCACCCUUCUCAGAAACGAUGACAAUGGCUACCUGCACCACUGCUAACCCACAACCCCCUCUGAAGUGCACAACAUGUGGCAAAGAUGGCCACACACGCGAAUGUUGCUGCACCAUUGUCAGGUACCCUCCAGGCCAAGAGCCUUGCACCGACAAAUUGCGGGCAUCCAUCUUAGGGCAACCUCCAUCGACUACAAAUCUAGUCUCUCUCACUCCAUCCACUUCAAGUCUGGUCCUUGGAUUGUCAUCAGAGCUGUAUCAGAAGUUGCUCAACCUCCUCACACCCUCACAACCUUCGAUUGAUCCAUCCCCUACAAAUUUUGCUAUAACCUGUUCUCCCCAUCUGAUUUCUCCUUCAACCAACACCUCCAUUGGGUGGUGGACAGUGGUGUGA